AUCGUUGACCUGUCAAAACGCAAAAGCAACUGGAUAUUUGUAGAAUGUCACUGAACGGACUGGUUUUACGCUGAAAAUGAUUGAAAGAUGGUGAAAAAAUGACGAUGAACAUUACAUAUAUGUCGGAAUAUUCAUAUUAAUUCAUGAUGAGGCCAAAAUUGCAGUCUAAUGUGCAGACUGCCACCAUCGGCCAUCAAAAUGGCCUCUGAAUCUCUCGUGGUUACAGCAGGAGCUGGCCGACCUCGAGAUCAAGAUUGCUUCACGAAACAGUUAUCAUAGGCCAAGGAUGGAGAUCAUUGGAGAAUUCGAGUACAACAAGAAGGAUCUGAUCGGUCAUGGGGCUUUUGCCGUGGUCUUUAAAGGCCGUAGUCGGAAGAAACCACCGACAACUGUAGCCAUUAAAAGUAUCACCAAGAAGAACCUGGCCAAAUCUCAGAAUCUUCUCAGCAAAGAAAUCAAGAUACUCAAGGAGCUAUCAGACCUUCACCAUGACAACGUUGUGGCUCUUUUGGAUUGUAAGGAAACAACUAAUCACGUUUACCUGGUUAUGGAGUACUGCAAUGGAGGAGAUCUUGCUGAUUUUUUGCAAGCAAAGGGAACAUUGAGUGAAAACACAAUUUCCCAAUUCCUGAGGCAAAUAGCUGCUGCUAUGAGAGCCUUACACGGCAAAGGAAUUGUACAUCGAGAUUUGAAACCACAGAACAUCUUACUCCAAAAUCCUCCUGGCAAAACUAAUCCCUCGCCGUGUGAGAUGAUACUAAAAAUUGCUGACUUCGGAUUUGCAAGAUUUUUGCAUGAUGGAGUAAUGGCAGCAACACUUUGUGGUUCCCCUAUGUAUAUGGCUCCAGAGGUAAUUAUGUCAAUGCAGUACGAUGCAAAGGCAGACCUGUGGAGUAUAGGGACCAUCGUGUUCCAAUGUUUGACUGGGAAAGCUCCCUUCCAGGCACAAACACCUCAACAACUUAAACACUUCUAUGAAAAACAUGCAGAACUUAAACCCAAUGUGCCGAAAGACACAUCAUCAGGGUUGAGAGAUCUGCUACUCCGAAUGCUUAAAAGGAAUGCUCGAGACAGGAUUGCUUUUGAGGAUUUCUUUAUUCAUCCCUUCCUGAACCCACCACCUGCACUAAAGGCCUCUUCACCAGUACCAGUUCCCAGUCGAUCUAGUCAUGGAUUCUCAUCAGCAAGCCCCACACCUCCUAGUCAUGUUUCUGCCUCGCCCUUGUCUGGACGAGCAGAAUUUUCUCCACCCCCUCGCAGACCCCCACCCCCUCCUCCACCAGCAUCAGCACCUCUGCCUUCACCCCCUCCUGUUCCUUCACCUGUGAAGAUCACGCCUCCAAAGCCACUCCAAGUCAUCAAACGAGAAGAGGCUGAAGUUUUUCAUGGCUCCUCCAAUGAAGUGGCUGGUUUUCUUAAGGUGGAGAAAGAUGGACAGACACCACGAAGUAACAGCCCUACUGAGGACUUUGUGAUGGUACCAGUGAGUUUACCAUGUGAAAACUUACAAGGUAGUGCUGAUAAACCAACCAAGGCUCCUACACCAGAAGAAAUGUCAGUAAAAGCUGUAGAUCCCCCGCCCCUGCCCUUGGUGGCAGUGAAGGUGAGUCCCACCUCUGGGGCUGCAGCCUUUAGUAAGAAGUCCCCUGAAGAGGCCACUAGCCCCAGUCGCCCGUCCACCCUCCCUAUGCAGACUGAUACACCCCCACCCACCAAACCCCACUCGUCAGAACCUAUCCCUGUCCCUGGUCAAGUGCAAGCCUACCAUAGGAUAUCUGCCGGCUCACCAUCAAGUCCUCGUAAAAACAGCAUGGACAUUUCUCCUUCAGGGUCCAGUACUGGGUCCAACAAGGACUCCACAGAGAAGAAGGAUAUAAAAACAUCACCCCCUACAGUGGAGGCCAAGCUCUGUGGGCCGGACAUUGGGUCACUGUCUCCACCAGCAGUGAAAUUUUCUAUUGGAACUCCCCCAAGCACUGGACAGUGGAAGAGAGGCAGCAUUGGGUCUACCCCUUCUCGUUUCAGUACUACUCCUCCUAGUGUCACCAACUCACCUCAUCGAAAAUCAGGAAGUAGUUCACCUCUGCUCCCUGUGGUGGCCCCGACAUCGCUACCUGCGAUUAUUGGAUCUCCUCCAAAGCUGGGUAAAGUUGAUCGUAAAAGUCCAGAAGGUAUUGACUCUAUGCCUGUUAAUGCACCUUUUGGAUCCUCCAGACCCAAAACUGUACCAGACGAUAUGGCAACCAUGCCAUACAAGGGACCAGCACAAGUUACAGCAGCUGUUCCCACUGUGCGACGUAACUUACUAGAACAAGGACGUUCUGCUACAGAACCUAAUGUCUUCAGUAACCUGGAGGGAGGCAGUCUGUUGUCAGAACAGCUGGUUAGAGCAGCAUUUGGAACACCUCCACAAGCAUUCAACAACCAGGGGUCUGUGGUACCCUUCAGCAGUGGGGGCUGGCGAGGUAGUAAGGAAAAAGUUAGCUCCCUUGGAUCUCCUGGUAGUGAUAAAUCUCUCCCCUCUGACACAGACAAAUCGACAGCAUACGUAAGACGGAGUACAGAACCUUCACCUCCUCCCUCUGCCAUAUUUGCACAGUCCCCUUCAAACAUGGAGGGACCAGUUACAUUUGUAGCUCCAGGGCUUGCAGAGGAAACUCUUAUGGAUGACAAUCACAACGAGACAAUGGCAAAGCUAAGCUUUGUUCUGGACCUGGUCGACUGUAUCAUAGAACUAGCACAGACCAGGGGUGCUCCUCUCCAGGGCUUCACCGAAUCUGUCAACCUAAAACAGGGAGAAGCAUUGCCAUCAGAACAGUUACCAAAGUUUACAGAAACACAGAGGCGACUUGAACAGUUGGUGCUGUAUGUACGGUCACUGCACCUCCUGUCGUCCUCCCUUCAAUUAGCACGCAAGGAAAUCAAGGAGGAGAGACUUCAAAUUUCCACAUCUCUCAGAAAUGUGUUGCGACAGAUGAAUGAAUCGUACCAUCGGUGUGUCACUAUGUGUAAACAAAUCCAGCACAGACUAGGUACAGGUAUCCAGAAUACCCUAACACCUCAGCUGGCUGUGGCUACUGCUGAUAAACUUAUCUACAACUAUGCUAUUGAAAUGUGUCAGAAUGCUGCUUUAGAUGAGCUGUUCGGAAACCCACAUGAGUGCUUCAGGAGAUACCAAACCGCACACCUUCUCCUUCAUAGUCUCUCUCAACAGGCUCGCAAUGUGCGCGACAAACAGCUCCUUAACAAAUACAAAGAAGCAGUUGAAAGGAGACUAGCCAAUGUACACACAGCGCCCCAAGCUUACAUCCCACCAUUUGAGGCAGUCAGCUGAUGAAUGAUGAGUCAAAGGCUCGCACUUUCCCAAACAAACAUUUUCUCCUUAAGUUUGCAUGACUGACAUGAUAAAUAUAUUCAAUGGAAGUCAGUGUAGAGUAUUUUGUGUUCAAUUUAUUUUCAGUUUUAUUUAAAUCGUUUAUUUUAUGGAACUGAUUUAUGCUAUGAAGAUGGUUGUGGAAUAGGAGUACUUAAAUCUCCAUAAAUAUAACAAGGUCAAGGACACAGAAAACUAGUGAAGAUCAAGGAAAAGAAACUGUUUAAGUUCAAGGACAAAGAGAAGUACACAAACCUGUGAGAAAAUCCUAUGCAGAAUAUAUAUAGGUAUACAUCUUUGUAUAUACAUGUGGUUUAUUGAAAUGACCAUAUUAAUGUAGAGAGUUUAUGGAACAGACGAUUGGUUUGAUAACUGUAUGUUUCCUGUUUCUUACAUUUGAUAUUAUGGUCAGGUAUAGUGUUUAAGUGUAUCUGUCCCACUUUAGAACAUACUGUUUGUAUUUGAAGGUAAUAUAUGUACAGCAUAUGGAAUACAGAAGAAAAAUGACCAAGCUUGUUGAAAUCAGAGCUGGUGUUCCAUGAACGUUUUGGUAACAAGUGAUUGCUAUACAUUUUUUCAUUAAUCUCAGGGAUGGAAUAGAGUCGGAAACAAACUCAAAACAUGCAUCUUAACAACAAAGAACAAUUCUGUAAUGGUUCGUUUAAAGAGCAAGCUAACAUAUAAGACGAUUUUCAAGUAAAAUCCGAAACUUUUAGAAUAGCUAUUGAACUGUAAUCCAUUUUCAGCUGAAAUGUUAAGAAACUACUGCAAACUUUCCAAUACAAAGUAUAUUAAUACUUAAAAAAGUUUCAUAUUCAGUAUUUUCAAUGUGGAUUUACCUUAUUUUCUCAGAAUUUAUUUGAACUAUUAACAGUAAAGAUUAUGUGUGGGUUUUUUUUCAAGUGCUGUUAGAGCACAUAUCAAUUUAGAUACUUACCUAGGAUCUAUUGAUUUCACAAAUACGGAAGAAAUUACCUUUAGUGAUUUUCAUAGAUAUGUUUCUCGUGUGCCAAGUGCCAAGAUGAUAAAUGUAGCUUGCUAGUACAGAAAACAUGAGAAUAAGUUGUUUUAUUUCUGUCAAUAAUGAAUAUGAUUAUGUAGCUGUAUUAAUUAUUUAGAUCUUUGAUAGCAUUAAAUCAUUUUUCACUUGUUUGAACAAAGGUAUAAGGCUGUUGUAAAUAUCUGUAUAUACAGUUAUACUAAUAUCUAUUUAUGAUUAUAUUGUAGAAUAAGAUGUAAACCUCUACAAUAACAUGUAAUGCAUUAUUUAUUGACACACAUCAGUGAAUAUUGACACACAUCAGUGAAUACCUUUUUAUCUCUGUCUCGAUUCAGAUCCAUUAACUGUAAGACAUAAUGGAUCAUUUUUGUGAUAUACAUGUUAUAAUACAGAUUGGCAAGGGAGAUAACAAGCAUGUGAUAUCUGAAAAAUCAAUUUGUAUAGCUUGGCUUUUACCAUGUGUAAAUAAUCCACCAUGUACAAUUUUCUUAUUUGGUUAUUUUACUCCUCCAAAGUAUUUCAUUUUAUUCUCACCAUUAUUAACUCUUCCAGUUGGAAUUCCAGGUAUAGAAUAUGUUUUUACCUCCGAGUUUCAGCUUUUAUCAUUCAGAUAUUUUGCUUAAUCUACUUGUAUAUGUUCACAAAUACAAAUCUUUAUGCGAAAGAAGAAUUAUGAAUCUCUCAAGUGGUAUUUUAUUAAUUUUUCUUGCAAUGUUAAAAGCUUAAGUCAGUUUUUAAUGUUGCAUUAUGAAGUUUUCUAGUGUCAUGAAAUAGUGACUUGAUUUAGAUGAUAUUAAGAUUUCUACAUAUGCAGAGGGAUUUGGUAGCCCUGACGACUUGGUAUUUGUCGCAUAUUCAGAGUAUACCUUAGAGCGUGUAAUGUAUUACAGGUUGUGUUACGUGGUAAUGAAAUGUGUUCGUGUUCAUUCAGACUUUGCUCUUGACCCUGUAACUCCCUCAUAACAACAGCUAAAUAUGUCAGACAUGAAUCAAGUUCUCUGUAAUUAUGAGGAGGUGCCCAAGCUAGUCAUGGGAUGACAGGGUACAGACCCGUACGUUUAAAUCUUGGCCAAGUUGUUAGUGUGUUUGUAAUACAUGCCGUAGUCUUUCAGUUUGAUUUUGGUAUGUGAUUAUUCUACCUGUACCUGCAGAAUAGUAAUAUUUUGUGUUUUGUUUAGUUUGUCCUGUUUGUUUUCAUGUUGUUUGGCUUUUUGAUAUGUGCUGAGAAAAGAUGAGCUUUCACAUGGCAUGUGAACUUGGUCUUCGAAGUUAUUGCAAUAUACAUGUAUAUUGAAAUCAGUAAUGUGACUUUCUCUUGCCGAACAGAAAUGCAUUUCAUAUCUUUUAGUUUGUUUUUGCUUCUGUAUUUUAUUGCAUAUGAACCAUAUGUAUGUUGGCAGGUUUUGAGUUUGUAAUUUAUUAAGAGUUUUAUGAGAUCAUGAUUAGAGUAAUAUAUAUGCUUAUAAGUAGCCAGAAUAGUGGAAUCUAUUAUCACUGAGAAAGGAAUUCAAAAUGUGAAGCAUUUUCAAUUUUGUUCAGAUUUUGAAUGACAUAACCAGAGUUAGGAUUUUUUCAUGACCUUUCAUGACCUUCAUGACAGUUACAUUCCCUCAGAAAAAAAAAGGGUGAAAAAUUUCAUGUCAAUAAAUUAAUUUUUCUGAGACAUGUGAAAAAUGUGAAAUCAGUUAGAUGUGUCAAUCGUAAUCUCAGAAAAUAAGGAAACUAAAGGUCACUACUGUGGCAAGAUUAUUAUAAACAUAGUCUUGUGAUGGACGUCUCUCUUAACUUUGAGCUUGUAAUGAUGUACAGAUUGACGUCUGAUGGUGAAGAUGUUUAUGACCCAAUCAACUUACUGGUACUCCUGAUCAGUAUUAAUUUUGUUUCAUUGUAUGAGAACUUCAAGAAAUAUUUUGGAAUACUCUCCAGAACACACUUACCCAGGAUAGUCAUUUUAGUACUUUACUGAGUUUAUCACGUAAAUAAUUAUAUAAAUUUUAUAUUUCUUAUGUUAUUUAACCUAUAUAUAACAGAGAGUGUGAUAUUUUGUUUUUAAGAAGAAAACUUUAUCAAAAUUCUUAAAUCUUGUAUAGAUUGUAUAAAAAGUGCUAAAAUAUUCCAAAGUGGUAAAACUAGAUAUAAAUUAAGAAACCAAGUUGAAUUAUUUAUAUCAGUUUGUUAAGGUUUUUGACUUAGUUAGAUCUAAUAUUUUGGUAGGUAUUUGUGUUAAAAUCCAAUCAAAGGUAUUUAAACUACCUUUAAUUCAUUAUGGUUGAUUGGUAGCUGCUCUGUUACUCACUUCAGUAGUCUAACAAUUAGAUUUGAAUAGCCAUAUGUCCUACAUGGGUGGUACUUAUAUUCAUCAGAAUAUACAAGAGUGCAAUUAAACUCCAGUGAGAGAUUUAGAAGUAGUACUUUAUCUCAUUUACAAAAUAUCUAUAUAUUAGUGAGUUGAUGUCAAUGUGAAAUUUAUAGAUAUUUCAGACUUUUUUCCCCCAAUAUGUUUUGUUUCACCAUUUUUACCUGUGUGGUAUCUAAUCUCUGUAGUUUAGUUUAUGUAUUUAACUUUAUGUGGUAUAUGUACUUCCAGUGAUUCACUUACAAGUAUUUUAUUUUUUGGGACCUACUGGUUCAUGCCUGUACAUAAGCCUAUUUAUCAUGUUCAGAAGCCAGUGUGGCUGGUACCAUUGUGAUUUUUUAUUAGUGGUUAUUUUUUGUGGUUAGACUGUGUUGUUAAAUGUAUAAAAUGUUUGAAUGACAUUGGAUCCAUUUUGACUUUGAGAAAAUAACGCUUUUCUUGGAAAUGAAGUUAAAUUCCUAUUACAUGAAAAAUUUCUUGAAUACUGUAUACUGCUAGUAAUGUUGGUAUACAUAAUGUGCUUCUCCAAAGUGGGUCCAAUGUCAUGUUGGUAAACGUUGCUCGUGGCUUUGUCAUAGUAAUUGUGUUGUUGUAUUUAUGAUAACGAGGCAAGCAAUAUAGUCUGUUAGAGAGAGCCUUAGUAUUUAUAUUGUCGUUUAAUGAGAGGUCUUCUGAAUUGCUAGGGAGUAAAAGCUGAAAAUGUGAUUAAGAAAUUGUGUGAAUGAAGAGCGGAUUUUCCUGAUCAUUUAUUAGCGUUUUUGUAUUCUUAACUAUGGCACACAUAUGUUGUAGAUGUUCUUCUUUUCAAUUUUUUUUGAAUAGUAGAGGAAAUUAUCAUGAUUGUGUAAAAAGUUAAUUUCAAUUCUUUAAUCAUGGCAUAGAUUGUUAUAAGGCAUUAGGAUCAUACAUUAUGGUGAGUGACAUUGAUUCUCUGGUAUGUUAUAGCUGAGGGUGUCUGCCUUAUAGAAAUAGACAGCCUUAGUGGGUCAGAUGUUCUGUAUAGAUAUAUACCGAUGAAACUGUCUCUCAUGUUCAUCUCUAAUCUUUUUACUAAUAGAUUAAUCUGUCAUUUUUCAACCAGAAUCAUUUUUCUCUCUCUCUCUCAGAAAUGCUUUUCUCAUGAAAUGCUAUUUAAGCAUACUAAAGACCUCCUUGUAACAGUGCUAACCAAUGUUAAUGAGAUGUCCCUGGAGUUUUCUAUAUAUAUUUCAUGUUUUGUUUCUGACAAUACUAUGGUUAUAACUUCUUUACGUUCAUCUUGAUACACAUCAUUGUAUUUAUGAUCACUGACUUCACUCAAGAGUUAUUCAUAAUUUCUGACUUCACUCGUAGUGUACUUUAUCGGAACACUUUCAUUUGUCAAUGUACUUUCGAAAAAUCACUUCUUUGUUUUAUCACUAUCAACCCAACAUUUAAAUUAUGAUCUGGAUAAGCAGUUGCAGAUUUAUCAUUUUUCACUAAAAUUUAGAACUAAUAUUUCAUAUUUCAUUGGCCUUUUGCAUAGCAGAUAUCAAUUUACUGGACAUUAUUUUUCAGUCUGAUGUUUGAUCUCGUGUUCAAUGUAAUAAGAAAUUAUCAAAUUAUUCCAUAUAUGUUAAUAGGUGUACUGGGUAUGUAAUAUGUUAAUUCAUAUUGAGAACCAAAAAUGUUCUAUAUCAUGGGUAUGAAAUAUGCAUAAAUUCAUUUUGAUUUGGAUAAGUAAUAAUCUUAAUACCAUUUUAAAUAAAAUAACGUGCUCAACCAUGUUUUCAUAAUCAAUGAUGUAUAAUUUCAAAUACAACAUAAUCGCACUUGGUCAGUAUCAUUUAUAAAAUCAUUAUUGAUUUAAUUUGCAGUGGUUUCUAAGUCUUAAGAUUUGAAGUUUUGUUUCAUGAUAAUGAUAAAUAUUUUAUGGAAUGGAAAGAAAAUGAUUUUUGUGUAUUCGAUUUUUUUCUACUCUAUAUAAAUGGUAUUGAUACUGCCUACUGGAACUUGAAACUAGCCACAUGCUCUACUUUGUAAAUAUACCCAUGUGUUCCAGUAGCCUAGUUAAUUCACAGUCACCACUGUUUUAGGGUAUAUAUAGAGAAAUUAUUGAUAAAUCUCAUAUGAUAAAUUGAUACCUAGAUCUUAUAUAUUAAGUUGUUCACAGAUCUUUUACGGACAAGUCGUUCAUAGAUCUUACAUAAACAAGAGAUUUUUUUAUGAACAAGUGAUUAAUCUGAUAUAGCAAGUUGUUUAUGAAUCUUCUAUGAACAAAUCGUUCAUUGAUCAGCUAUGCCAGUAAAAUUAUGGAUGGUUCAGAGGUUUUCAACAUGAUGCUUACACAUCAAAGGUACUCGAAAAUAUUGAAAUAUUCUUGACUUCAUAUAGGAAAAUAUUCAGUGAAAAUUUUCAGAUGAAAAUAAGAUACUGAAAGAGUGAAUUAAAUUUGUAUAUCAUAUGAAUAUAUCUUUAUUGUUAUAUUGAGUACAAGUAGGUAAAAGAGAUUUGUAUUAAGACUUGUCAAUACAUAUAGCAUGUAUGUAUCCUGACAGUUUUGUUUAUGGAUCAGUCUUAGACUGUAAUACGAACCCUCGUCAGUCAAUAAAUGGAUGUAUCAAA